UUGCAUCAGGUUGCAACGAUAGGUGAUGACCGCAGAGUUGUCGAUAAGCGGUUGGGCAAUGCAAAUUAUCAAUUAUUACCGGUGCAACAGGGAGACUAUAAAUUGUGAUGGGGGUUGUUGGGAAUCUAUCAGUUUUGGUUGGUGAGAGGAACGAUGAGGUCGAUUUUGGCAGUGACCGUAGUCUGUCUGUUUGCUCUGGCAAGCGGCAGCUACAUGACCAAGGAUGUUAAGUACGGUGAUGAAAUUUUCCUGAAGAAGCAGAAAGCUAUUCUUGAGAUUUUCCAACACAUCCAUCAGCCCGAGCUGCACACGUCGUCAUGGGAGGAAUCCAAGGGCUUCGAUAUCGAGCAGUAUUUGGAUCACUACACCAAUGCCGAAGCCGUGAAGGAGUUCCUGCGGUUCUAUAAGCACGGUAUGCUUCCUUUGGAGGAGAUCUUCUCCAUUCAGAACGAGUUCCACCGCGAAGAGGUCAUCGCCUUGUUCCAUCUGUUCUACUACGCCAAAGAUUGGGAUACCUUCUACAAGACCAUGGUAUGGGCUCGCUUCCACGUCAACGAAGGCAUGUUCGUGUACGCUUUGACCGUCGCCGUUCUGCAUCGCCACGAUAUGGAAGGCAUCGUCCUGCCAGCGCCGUACGAAAUCUAUCCGUUCUACUUCUUCAACGAUGUCGUAAUCAGCAAGGCCCAACGCUACAAGAUGCAAGGCUUUUACAAGAUGAAGAAGAUCAAUGACGUCUACACUGCGUAUAUCCCUAGCAACUACACCGGAUAUUACGUCCACACUGGCCCAGAACAGCGCGUUGGCUACUUCACUGAAGAUAUUGGCCUGAACUCGUACUACUACUACUUCCACGCUGACUAUCCAUUCUGGAUGGGUGGCAAGGAAUUUGGCCUGUACAAGGACCGCCGUGGCGAAUUCUUCCUCUUCCAACAUCAACAACUGCUGGCCCGUUACUACCUGGAACGCUUGUCCAACGACCUCGGAGUCAUCCCGCCCUUCUCGUGGCACAAAUCCAUCACCACCGGUUACUAUCCAUACCUUCGCUACUACAAUGGAAUUCCGUUCCCGGUCCGCGACAACUACUACAGUGCCUCCGUCGACAAGAGCUAUGUUGUGGAACAGAUCGAAGACUUCGAACACCGCAUCAUGGAAGCCAUCGACUAUGGGUUCAUCGUUCUGCCCGAUGGGAAAUAUGUUAACAUCACCACUCCCUCUGGAAUUGAAUAUCUUGGAAAUUUGAUUCAGUCGAACGGUGACAGCGUCAACACCCGCUUCUACGGCUACUUGGAAAUCCUAGCCAAAUACUUCCUUGGUGGAUCUUUCAAGCUGCAACAUGAAUACCGAGCGAUUCCAUCGGUCCUGGAGAAGUUCGAAACCAGCAUGCGUGAUCCCAUGUUCUACCAAUUCUACAAGCGCAUCGUCGAGUACUACUAUCGCUUCCUUGAUCUCCUUCCAUCCUACAAGAAGGAAGAGCUGGACUUCCCCGGAGUCAAGAUCGAAACCGUUGAAAUGGACAAACUGGUAACCUACUUCGAUAAGUUCGACGCAGACAUUACCAAUGCCGUGGACGUGGAGGUAUUCGACGAAACCACCAUGAAGGGAAGUGACAUGAAGAAGUUCGGCAAGAUCGCCCACUAUCAAGGCGAAGACUUCGUCAUCUAUGCUCGCAUGCCUCGUCUCAACCAUCUUCCGUUCACCUUCAAGCUGAACGUUGUGUCCGAAAAGGCCCAAAAGGCCACCGUCUUCGUCUACCUGGGUCCCAAAUACGACCAGUACGGAAACAUCUACGGAGUCGACGCCAACCGUGAGAACUUCUUCGAGCUGGACCAUUUCCUGGUUGAUCUGGUCCCGGGGAAGAACGCCAUCACCCGCAACUCCCAGGACUUCAGCUGGUUCGUGAAGGACCGCACCACCUACUUUGAGCUGUACCAACAGGUUAUGAAGGCCGUCACCGGCGAAGGCAAGUUCCCGCUGGAUAUGUCCGAAGCUCACUGUGGCUUCCCAGCUCGUCUGAUGCUCCCCAAGGGCAAGAAGGGUGGCAUGCCAUUCCAGUUCUUCUUCAUGGUCGUUCCCUAUCACGCACCCAAGGUUGAACAGUUCACCGGUUUCGAUCACACCCUGUCCUGUGGAGUUGGAUCUGGUGCCCGCUACCUGGACGAUCUACCCUUCGGCUACCCCUUCGAGCGCAAGAUCGAUGAAAAUGCCUGGUUUACCCCGAACAUGAAGUACUACGACACCCUCAUCUACCACAAAAGUGAAACUGAAGUCAACUCCGUGGUGAUACACUAGUUCAAAUGCCCAUCCCUCAUGCGAAACCCAUUCAAUAAAAAUUGCAUUCCAUUAUCGGCUCCCGAAGCACUGCGUAAUGCCAACAAUUAAAUGAAAACCACUUGGCGUUCUGGAAAAAUUAUUUCCGUGAGAAAUAUUGCAUCACUGCCUGGGUGUGCGCAGCCAAGGCUGUCGUUAGCUCAUCAUACUCAUCUCUCCGGAUGUGCACUGGGUGGUUCCGUGGGUGUAGUCAGGGAGUUGUUGCUCGAAGAAAUGCUGGUGGAAUCGAACUUAGAGAAUUCUCGGGGAAACUUUGAGGACUCCUCUUUG